AAAAUUAGUAAAAAAUGUCUUGUCUUUAUGUCAAUUUCACAAAAUACAUAAGCCAACAAAAUUGCCUACCAGAAUCUCCCUACAUAAAAAAAAAGGUGUAUAUGCGUUGAGGGGCCACCUCCACCCAACUGACCCUCUCUCUCCCCCUGCUUUUCUUCUUUCUUCUUCUUCUCUCUUUCUGUUCUCUAACAUGUUCCUGUCUUCAUCCCCCAACCUCCAUCUUCUCUUCCUCUUACCUCAGUUCUUGUCUUCUUUUUCUUCACUACUACUCCUCUUCUCUUCACUUCACUUAUCAUUACUACAAAAAAAAGAAUUUAAUUUCAAGAAACUCCUGAGAUUUUUUUACUGUCCGCGCCAUGAGCAAACUGGUUGUUGAAGUUCUUGAUGCCGGUGAUCUUAUGCCAAAAUAUGGUAAUGGGUCGGCGAGUCCAUUUGCAGAGGUGGAUUUUGAUGGUCAGCGGCAGAGGACUUGUACAAAGCCCAAGGAUCUUAAUCCUCAGUGGAACGAACAGCUGGUUUUCAAUGUUGCCAAUCCAAGAGAUCUUCAGAACAAGACGAUUGAUGUGGUGGUAUAUGAUGAUCGACAAGGUGGUCACCACCCCAAGUUUCUGGGUCGAGUCAGGAUUUAUGGAGUUUCAGUUCCCUUGUCGGAGUCUGAAGCCAGUGUCCAACGCUACCCAUUAGAUAAACGUGGCAUCUUUUCUCAUAUCAAAGGGGACAUUGCGCUGAAGAUAUAUGCUUUUCAAAAUGGGUCUGGCUUCGUGCCGCCGGCGCCGGCGAGUAACUUCAGAGCUGAAGAGACCCCAUUUCAGGAAAUGAAUAGGAACGAUGUGAGAGAAGAUUUCAGGGUUGAUGAAAAAAAGAAGAACAAGGUGAAGGAGAAAGAGGUGAGGACUUUUCACUCUAUAGGUCAUGCUGCUCCACCCCCUGUCUUCCAGUCUAGCCAAUGGCGGGAAAUGGCGCCGGCGGUGGAGACCAGAAUGGACUUCGCCCGUGCCGGACCACCGCAAGCAGCGGCUGUAAUGCACAUGCAGAUGCCAAACGAGUUCGGGUUGGUGGAAACCAGUCCUCCUUUGGCGGCACGGUUGCGGUACAGGGGAGGUGACAAGACUACCAGCACUUACGAUUUGGUGGAGCAGAUGCAGUACCUGUACGUUAGCGUGGUGAAGGCCAGAGAUUUUCCGGUAAUGGAUCUCUCUGGCAGCCUUGACCCGUACGUGGAAGUGAAGCUUGGAAACUACAAAGGAGUGACCAAGCAUCUGGAGAAGAACCGAAACCCAGUUUGGAAACAGAUUUUUGCGUUCUCAAAGGAGAGAUUACAGGCCAAUUUGCUUGAAGUUACAGUGAAGGACAAGGAUAUUGGUAAAGAUGAUUUUGUAGGCAGAGUAGAAAUCGAUUUAGCGGAGGUACCAGUCAGAGUUCCGCCGGAUAGUCCACUGGCUCCUCAGUGGUAUAAACUGGAGGACAAGAAGAGGGAGAAGACGAAAGGUGAAAUUAUGCUUGCAGUGUGGAUUGGAACCCAAGCUGAUGAGUCAUUUCCAGAAGCUUGGCAUUCUGAUGCUCACAACGUCAGUCAUUCUAAUCUCGCCAACACAAGAUCCAAAGUUUACUUUUCUCCCAAGCUGUAUUAUCUUCGGAUUCAUGUCCUGCAAGCUCAGGACCUUGUACCGUCAGACAAGGGCCGAGCACCAGAAACUUUUGUCACCGUCAACCUCGGCCACCAGACAAAACCCACCGGCGUGCAAACGAGAACCAUAAAUCCGAUUUGGAACGAGGAGCUCAUGUUUGUGGCCGCCGAGCCUUUUGAGGACAUGGUCAUUGUGACCGUCCAUGACAGAAUUGGACCUGGAAAGGAUGAGAUUUUAGGUAGAGUGAUUAUACCGUCUAUCAGAGACUUCGCUGUUACACGGCUUGAUAAACCCAAGCUUCCAGAUCCCCGCUGGUACAAUCUUUUCAAGCCUUCGUUGGCUGCGGAAGAGGAGACAGAGAAGAAGAAGGAGAAAUUCUCUAGCAAGAUCCUGCUUCGUCUCUGUUUAGACGCAGGGUACCAUGUGCUUGAUGAGUCAACUCACUUCAGCAGUGAUCUGCAGCCAUCGUCAAAGCAUCUGAGGAAGGAAAGCAUUGGAAUUCUUGAACUUGGGAUAUUGAGUGCGAGAAAUUUGCUGCCUUUAAAGAGCAAAGAAGGGCGGACAACUGAUGCAUACUGUGUAGCUAAGUAUGGGAACAAAUGGGUUCGCACCAGGACUCUGCUUGACACCCUAGCUCCUCGAUGGAACGAGCAAUAUACUUGGGAAGUCCAUGAUCCAUGCACUGUAAUCACAGUCGGAGUAUUCGACAAUGCCCACACCAAUGGCCACAAGGAAGACGCUAGAGAUCAGAGAAUCGGUAAGGUAAGAAUUCGGCUAUCGACCUUGGAGACAGAUAGAGUCUACACCCAUUACUACCCAUUGCUGGUUUUGACACCCUUUGGUUUGAAGAAAUAUGGGGAGCUUCAGUUAGCUUUGAGGUUCACUUGUACUGCUUGGGUUAACAUGGUGACUCAAUAUGGCAAGCCAUUGCUCCCAAAAAUGCAUUACAUACAGCCUAUACCAGUAAGGCAUAUUGAUAUGUUGAGGUUCCAGGCAAUGCAGAUAGUGGCGGCAAGACUAGUUAGAGCAGAGCCACCACUGAGGCGUGAGGUGGUGGAGUACAUGCUGGAUGUCGAUUACCACAUGUUUAGCCUCAGGAGAAGCAAAGCAAAUUUCCAUCGAAUUAUGUCGUUACUAUCUUCAAUUUCUCACGUUUGCAGAUGGUUCCAUGAUAUCUGCAACUGGAGAAACCCAGUGACUACUUGUCUUGUCCAUGUUUUGUUCUUGAUACUCGUUUGCUACCCAGAACUGAUCUUGCCCACCAUCUUCCUCUACCUGUUUGUGAUUGGGAUAUGGAACUACCAGUUCAGGCCAAGACACCCACCUCACAUGGACGCCCGGCUUUCACAAGCAGACAGGACAAACCCAGAUGAGCUUGAUGAGGAAUUCGACACAUUUCCCACCUCCAAACCUUCAGAUAUUGUCAGAAUGAGGUAUGACCGGCUGCGAGCUGUGGCAGGUCGAGUACAAUCGGUUGUCGGAGACUUGGCUACGCAAGGAGAAAGAGCACAAGCCAUACUUAGCUGGCGUGAUCCAAGAGCUACAGCUAUCUUCAUAAUCUUCUCGUUGAUCUGGGCUAUGUUUAUCUAUGUGACUCCAUUGCAGGUGGUUGCUGUGUUGGUUGGGCUUUACAUGCUACGCCAUCCACGGUUCAGGAACAAAAUGCCUUCCGUACCUGUCAAUUUCUUCAAGAGAUUACCAGCAAAAUCAGAUAUGCUACUGUAAAAAGUCAAGGCACUAUAAUCAGUUACCAUUCAUUUACUCCAUUAUUGUGCAGAAGCCAGUAAAUAAAGUCAUAUCUGCUAUAAUUAUAAUUGCAGAAUACAGGAAAAGCAGCUAUUUGCGUUUGAUUACCUGCUGUCCCACCAGCUAUAAAAGAAUCCGACUUUUUCCAGAGUUCCAUAUUUUAACUUGUUUCUGUAAAAUUCACCUUGGGUAACGACCAUUCUUUUUGGCA